CUCCGUACUCUUCUUGGUUUUACCCUGUCCGACUGUAGUUAUAAUCGCCGGUUGAAGAUCGGUGCCGGAGGUCAGAGAGAGAGGGGAAAUAUGAAUACGAGUAAAGGAGGCGAUUCCUCCGGCGACGGUGGCGAUUCAUCAUCCUCUUCUGCUGAGUAUUUGAAGCAUCUCAAUAAGAUAUCGCAUAAGAUCUCUAAAUCUGUCCGGAAGCCUCCUGUUUACGAGAAUCGCAGUUUACAAACUUCUCAGUUUGAAAUCCGGGAUCUGCAAUCGCAGCCGGCUUCGGCGGCGGUGGAGGUGGUGCACAGUCUUCUACAGCAGCAGCAGCACCAUCCGGCGCCGCCUCAGCAACAGCCGCCGGUGUAUAACAUUAACAAGAGUGACUUUCGCGAUGUGGUUCAGAAACUCACCGGAUCUCCGGCGCACGAGCGGAUAUCGACUCCGCCUCCGAUCCAGCACCCCAAGCAGCAGAGUUCGCGGCUACAGCGCAUUCGCCCUCCGCCGCUUGCCCAAAUUGGCAACCGUCCGGCUUCUCUGAUUCCGCCCAAUCCGAGGCAGGCCGGAGUAGGGUUUGUCUGCGGACAGCGCCCGGCUCAGGCACAGCCUCUCUCCCCUCUACCACCGUUCCCGGCUGUGCACGCGGCGGCAGAGUCGCCGAUCUCUGCCUACAUGAGAUUCCUCCAGAAUUCUUUUAACGGAACAGGUCUUGACUCCAAGCGGUUCUCAUCCGGCCCUCCCCCACAUGCCCCUCUUGCUUCCCCUAGGUGGAACGGCCUGGCUCCUCCGCCACAGCAUCACCCACUUUUUCCUCCACAGCAGCAGAACAUUCCGCCGCCAGCAUCAUCAUCUCCAGCAGCCUUACAACCAUAUCCGGCGAUGCCAUCUUCUCCACUGCCCUUCAGCUGCCUUCCUUCCCCUAGAUCGCCCUGUGCCUUGCUAUCCCCAAAUCUGCUGCAUUCCCCAGUGGGUCAAUUAGGGUUCCCACAGCUCCCUCUGUCACCCACAGUUCCUCUUUCUAGCCCAACAUGGAAGGGUAUUUGAAGAAUUACAGUCCCAACUCCCAACACAGCAAAAAAGGUAAACUUUUUAGGAACUUAAAUGAUGUUAUCUUUGUUGAAACAUACUAAUAGCAGUAGUCUGGAAUAUGUACAUUUGCAAGGUGAAAAUGUUGAAUUUUGGCUAUAUAGAAAUUUCCAUUUUCUGUAAAUGUAUGCUUAAUUAUAACGAAGAGAAACGCUACAUUUGUUCUUCUCUACCAAACACAUAUAUAUUUCUGGGAUUUUUCUUAUCCCUCUCAGAAGUUCAUCCU